AUGUCUAAAAAAUUAAAACUCCAAGCCGAGAGAAACUUCUUUAAAUUAGUUUAAGUGCUUGCCCAAAUCACUCAUUCAAUUGAUGCCUAUUAACCUUUGGUUGAUCUUUCUAACAGGUAUCAUCCUAUCUUUGAGGGAAACAUUAGAAUUACUCAAAUUGAAAUUCAAACUGAAACUUAACUUAUCGAGCACCAGUAACUUCAAAUUAUUUAGAAACUCAGCUUUUUAAAGCAUUUGGUGCCUCACUAGUCAUUCAUUAUCGCUCUAUUGUAUAUUGAUAGAGCAUGUUAGUAGAAUAAAACCUUUCUCUUAAACUCACAAAAUGUUAUAAGAAUUGCUUUUGCCUGUAUUCUUAUUGCUUCAAAGUUCAUAGAAGAAGAGACAAAGCAAGAGAAUAAUAUUCUUACGAGCAGAGGGAAUCUUAGCAAUAGAAUGAUUAUCAAGUCAAUGAGAUAAAUAGUCUUUGAAAAAGACGAGUUGCAGAAGCUGGAAAUAUAGGUUUUAAUUCUGAUAGACUUUAAAGCAUAUGUUUCGAAGUAAGAAUAUGAUUAGUACUAAAAAAAAUUAAAUCAACUCUUCAUUAAAAAUAAUACGACAAAUAAAAAUCAGUCUUAGGGGGAAAUACUGGCUUCUAUCCCUCAUUAAGUUGAUAAUGGAUCAGAGUGA